CGAGCAACCCAUAACUCGAUUCCACUUUAAAUCACACCGAUAACCGAAAAUGUCAACCCAACUAUCUCCAGCCCUCUCAACCUUUCCACUCCUGUCAAUCUCCCCACCGCGUUCAAUCUUCCUCGUUUCGAGACUCCUAACACCCGAAGAAUGUACCAAGAUAAUCGCUUCGUACACAAAUCUUGUGCCCUCAAACGUAACACCCGCCACCGUCCGCGACCGAGAAGUAUUCUCGGACCUUGCACUUGCAUCGCUACUCUGGUCGCGCAUCUCACCUUUCUUUCAAGGAAAAAAAGCUGUUGAUGAAGAUGGCGAGAUAUGGAACGUGAGGGGAUUGAAUGAGACAUUCAGAUUAUGUCGGUACGUGCAAGGGGGUAAAUUCUCGCCGCACACCGAUGGCAGAAGACUUGAGUCGGUGAAUGACCAAAGUUUCAUGACGAUUAAUAUCUACCUGAAGACUGUUCCCGAGUCCCACGGAGGCGCCACACGCUUCCUUUCGCCCAGCAAAGAAGUGAUCUACAAAGUCCAGCCUCAACUCGGACAAGCAGCACUCUUCCGAGGUGAUGUUUGGCAUGAUGGUGAGGAGCUGAGCGAAGGGAUUAAGUACUUGCUGAGGACGGAUGUCAUGUAUGUCCGAGACAAGGACUUCGAUUUUGAGACUUUGUAUGGUAGACAGGAUGACGAGGUGAAGGGCAGGAAAGCGUUGAGUAUUGCGGAAGGAUUGGAGGACGCGGGGAAAGGAGGAGAAGCGGUGCGAUGGUAUAAAAAGGCUUUUGGUUUGUUGCCAGCGUUGGAAGGUUAGUGUAUGAAAGAAGGAUUUAUGAAUAAAGUUACCCGAAUUUUGUUGUUGUUCUGCCAAAAGUCCAUUGGGAGUUGCUGGAAGAUAGGCCUACCUAGUUAUAAACGC